AUGGCAGGCAAACAAACCAAAGGCAGGCAAAAGAUCACAAUAAAAAGGAUAGACAACGAAGAUGACAGGUUAAUCACAUUCUCAAAACGUAGAUCUGGGAUCUACAAAAAAGCAAGUGAGUUGGUGACUUUAUGUGGUGCUGAGGUUGGUGUGCUUGUGUUCUCACCAGCCGGCAAGCCUUUUUCCUAUGGUCAUCCUUCUAUAGAAUCUGUUGCAAAUCGAUUCCUUGGACAGAACCCAUCACCAAAUGAUAACACCCAUCCUCUUGUUGAGGCUCACCGAAAGGUGAGAAUUAACGAGCUAAGCCAGCAACACAAUGAACUACUUAGCCAGAUGGAAGCUGAGAGAGACCGAGGAAAGGUGCUAAAGGAAGGGACAGAUAUUGGACAAUCAUGCCAAGGUUGGUGGGAAGUUACCAUUGACGAGCUCAACCUGCAAGAGCUUAAGCAAAUGAAUGUGAUGCUAGAAGAGUUUCAUGAGAAUUUGUUCAAAAAAAUCAAUGAGCUCAGAAGAAAUGGAGGAGCAUCUUCAUCAUCUUUCCCAGCUCAUGCUGACCGCUCAAUUAAUAUUCCAUUUUACCAGCUCUAA